AUGGCGGGUUCAGCGCGGUCCUGUCAGCGCCUUUCGCGUGUGUUCCACGGAAACGUACGAUCCCUUUCUCAAAAAGUUAUACAGCCAGGCCAAUUCCGCCAGGUUACCAGCGAUUUCGUUUCUCCACCUGACGCGCCUCGAGAACGUCAACCUCCAUUCACCGAUUGCGUUAUAUUAGCUGAGACGUCCCAAGCAAAUCGCCGUCUUUCUAGCGACUUGGACUUCCUUACUCCAGCCGACGCGGCGCGGGUGUUCGUUCCGCCGCUUCAACCGCGCUGCGCCGCUGUCGCGAGCGGAGGCUCCGCGGGGCUUCUGUGGUGCGGAACGCGGAGCGGCGCAAGGGAAGCAGGCGCGGCAGGAUUCCGCAGAUGGGCGGAGCAGCGCCGAGUGGGGGGCGUUUGGGCGGAACCCAGGGGGGUGGGUGCCGUGUUGGCGGAACCGCGCAGAUAUCUGCACCAUAUUACGGUUGAAGAGGAGAAGGUGGGGGAGGAAGAGGGGAAGAGGGAGAAGAAGGGGAAGAGUAUUGGGGGGAAGCCCGAGCACAGGUAUUGGGGGAGAGCAGCAGUGGAAGGGGGCUUCUGUGUUCCCACCAUACCCCGUUCCCCCUUCCCCCCACCAUCAUCCCCUCCCCACUUCCCUCAUGCAGCCCGAGCACAAGUAUCGGGUGACAGCAGCAGUGGCAGGGGGCUUUGGGCUCACCACUACCCCCCCUUCCCCCUCCCGCCACCAUCUGCUCCCCCUUUCCAUUCCCCCCUUCCCCCUCCCGCCACCAUCUGCUCCCCCUUUCCAUCCCCCCCUUCCUUCGCCCAGCCCGAGCACAAGUACUGGGUGACAGCAGCAGUGGCAGGGAGCUUCUACCUCAACACUACUCCCCCCUUUCCCCUUCCCCCACUCAACCCCUUUCUAACUCCCUCGGUUCUCUCAUGCAGCCCGAGCACAACCGGAGCACAAGUACCGGGUGGUAGCAGCAGUGGAAGGCGGAUUUUCGUUUUGCAGCGAUCUGGCUCCCACCAAUGGCGUGGGCGGCACUGCUCCCACCCCCAUGGACUAUGCAGCAACAGCAGUCGCCAUGUGCACUGCUACCACUGUCAGACUGAUGGGAGAUUACCGGACGGUCUCCGAUUGUUGUUACGCUUGGAGGGGCCCCUUUCCACAGAACAAAAGGAGAGGCUUUUGGAGAUAGCAGGGAAAUGCCCGGUGAAGCAAAUGAUGCUGGGUAAGAUGCGUCAAGCCAUCAAGACGACACUAGUUGACGCCUAG